AUGGACAUGUCCAUAGGUGGAGGAUCCUCCUCAUUCACGCCAUUGAAUGAUUCUGGAGUUGACUUCUCGAAUGAAACUCAGGCUUUUGAUUUCUUGGGCGACAUAUUGGAUGAUACAUACUUGCAAGUCGUCAGCAAUCAAUAUGCCCGCUACUUCUGGUAUGGAGUGGUCACAGUCAUCGGGCUGGCGACAAUCUUUAACUGGUCGACAUGGCUUCUUUUGUGUCACAGACUCAAAGCUGCCCAACAUGGCAACCAUGUAACCACGAGACCAAACAACAUAUUCAGCCAGAGCAUUGCUGCUCUAACUGCUGUGGCUAGAGAGUCCUCGUACCCUCAACUGGCCGCGCCUUGUCCGCAUCUCUUCACGUCUCUCCCUACCCUCGGAUCGACCCUGCUCAUCGCCUCCUAUCUUGCAUUUAUCCUGGCUCUCGAAUUUGUCAACGGAGACUAUCCGGGCGCCCAGCACUAUCAGGCAUUGAGUAUCCGCGCCUCAUGGUUGGCAGUAUCUCAAGUUCCUCUCCUGGUGCUACUUGCCGGCAAGUACAACUGGAUUGGCCUCUUGACAGGGGUCAAUUACCGACGCCUCAAUAUCUACCAUCGAUGGAUCGCUCGCGGUCUCCUCCUUCUGUCGACGCUGCAUUUCGGUCUCGAGAGCGGUGGAUGGGCCAAGUACGGGUUGAUGGCGCUUGAAUGGAAGACAGAUACAUGUCCUCCCACGGGCAUGGGAGCUUACGCUAUCUUGCUAUGGAUGAACAUCACUACUCUCGCUCCUUUCCGCAACUUGUCCUAUGAGUUUUUUGUUCUCCAGCAUCUUCUCACCUUUUUCGGUUUCAUCAUUGCAAUCAUGUUGCAUUUGCCCACAACGGCAUUGUACACGAGAGUGUACAUUUGGAUUCCGAUCGGCUUCUAUCUCUUCGACCGCACGGUCAGAACAUUGCGGUCUGCAUGGAACAAUGCUGCGACGCACAAGGCAACCCUGAUCGCUCUCGACGGCACGGCUACCAAGGUUCGUGUUCCAAGCCGGCGCGUCAAGCGAUGGAACUCCGGCGCCCAUGUUCUUCUAGCAAUCCCCAAGUUGGGAGUUUUGCAAUCCCACCCGGCCACCAUCAUGUCGACUCCAUCAUCGCACGGAGGAGAUCUCAUCUUUCUCCUUCGGGCCCACCGAGGAUUCACUCGUCAGUUAGCCAGUGCCGCGGGUUCUUCUAGCACGCUCCUACAAGAACCCGAAGCGCCGCAACGAACAUACUUUGCACUGAUUGAUGGGCCUUACAAUUCUUCUUGCAGCGACUUCGCCGCUUACGACAUGCUCACCCUUGUAGCAGCCGGUACGGGUGUGUCGUUCACGACGUCGGUUCUCUUGGACCUGGCGCAUCGAGCCUCGAAGAAUCCGAAACUUCCCUUGCGAGUAAUCAAUUUCAUAUGGGUCGUCAAGAGGGUGAGCCAUGCUUCUUGGAUCUCCGACGAGCUCCAAAUGGCUCUUGAGCUCCUCAAAACUGCGGGGAUUGAUCUUCAUAUCCGCUUCUUUGUGACGUGCGAUCCGACUUGCAUGGACACAAGGGAAAGCGGUUCCCAAGAGACCUGCAAGUGCAGCGGCGGCGACACCGGCAUGGGUGAGAAGAGCACUGAUUGCUGUUGUAAUUCCUCUCCCAUCAUCACGCCAGUGUCACCGUCAGACUCGAAUCCCCACCGGUACGAGUGGGCGACCUUUACCAGCGGCAGGCCGAACUGGUACGUCGUGUUGACCGAAGUUGUCGAGUGCGCAAAAGGCGAGAGUGCCAUUGGAGCUUGCGGGCCUCCGACAUUUUGUGCAUCGGUCAGAAAUACCGUGGUGCGAAUCAGCGAUCACAGAGCAGUCAACAAGGGCUCCGGUGCCCAAGGCAUUUACUUGCAUGUAGAAAGCUCAUACUAG